CGAUAUACCUACCAUUAUAUUAACGAUCAUCGAAUAUUUGUCAAAAAGUUCAGCGAGUUUGAAAUGGCCAUUCAGCAAGAUUCCAGACCUGCUCUUCCUCCUCGUCCUACCGAGUUUUCCGGUUGCGCGAAAACCCCGCCUGCCUGGCUUAUGGCGUUGACACGUCAUCCAGAAAAAAAUCAUACACACAAAUUUUAUUCAUCCCCGGUGCUCGAAGAUGGGAGUGAAAAUGUCGUUGGGAUUAUAUGCAUAUCGUGCCACAAGCGAUUCAAGCUCACCACUUCAAACGAAAACCUUGAUGCGAUGAACGAUGGGCAGGGAACGUGCGCCACUAACUAUGAGAACUCCCUACACCACCUUCACACUCGAGACGCAACUGAAUCACGCGUAUACUCGUCUUGCUGUUUAUGUAAUUUUGCCGUCGAAGUUGAAAUUAUUGAGCCUAUCGUCGGAAUACCGAUCUUUAGCAAUCUUUCGAGUAACAGGAUGAAGGGCAAUUUAUCUUAUUCUAGAACAAUAAAUUGUUUAACAAGACUUGUUAAAGAUUUCUUGGAGGAAGGUCAACAACGACCAUUAAAUGUGGAUGGAACUGCGUUUUCGGAGCAGAUCGGGCGCGACGAAUCGAGCUGGGCCUUUUUUCAAAAGCUUGGUUAUACGAUGGAAGAAGGGCCUGAAAAGGUAGAGUAUAGACCACCUCCGUUUAACGACGAGACUCGCGCACGAUUCGAACGCGUGUCCGAGGAAUUAGAUUUGCAAUCAUUAGAAUUUGAUUUUAAUAUGGAUGAUGGGAUUCUAGUUUGGGCCUACAAACUUGCUACUUCUGAGAAUCCCGAAAAAACACCCAAUUAUCUACAGGUCGUGCUCGAUCUCUUUAGUGACAAGAAUAGCGAAACGCUCGGUGAAUUAUUGGCUAUGGAGAACUCCAAGGGUAAUUUUACCAUGAGUGAUGUCAAUGAUGCAUAUAAGGAAAUGUCAAGUGACAGAAUCGUUGAUGAUGAAAUGUUGAUCUCAGCAUAUAAUUCACAUGUUUCUGAGAACCCUUUGAAAAGAAAGAAUCAGCGUGAUGCUUUGACCAUAAUUGGGAAAUAUAGGGGCAGUCAGAAAAUCCAGGAAUUCCUACGGGAGGAAGAAGCACGCCACGGAUUGGAUAAUAUUGGGAACACAUGUUAUCUUAAUUCGUUGUUACAGUAUUAUUUCACUAUUCGAAAUUUACGGGAAGCGGUCUUGCACUCAGAUUCGGUGUCCGCUGAUUUGUUGGAUCUGUGGGGGGAAACCGUGACCAUUGGUGGAAGGAAGGUCUCCAAAAUUGAAGUUGAAAGAGCCCGGAAAUUCGUCACUCUUUUGCGCAAUCUUUUUGAAGAUUUGAUACAAUCAUCGCAUACAUCCAUCACGCCAAAUUCUGAUUUAGCUUAUUUGGCGCUCGUGAAUGCCAAAAACGACGAGGAACAUCCAAAAGAAUCAUCAUCAAGGUCCCCCAUGGAUACGACGGUCAAUUCCGUUGACAUGCAGAUUGAUGAUUCAAGUCCGGGUCCUUCAUCAACUCGCGCCACUGACCCGUUAUCAACAACGGAUCUCAUUGACUUAAAUAAUGGAAUGGAUGAAUCAGAGACUGUGAUAAUAUCCGGAACGGCUCUACCCACUGCAAGCACGGAACUAUUCUUCCAAACGGCAGACACAUUUAUGAACGAUGAUAAUAAUUUCUACAAAGGAAAGGAAAGGGAAAAUAAUCAUUUGGACGAGCAAAUGUAUGGUGAUAACAAGGAAGAUAAAUUAAAGAAAGUAUCCGGAAUGUUAUUCGGCAAACAACAGGACGUUACAGAGUGCAUGGAUAACGUUAUGUUUCAACUGGAGGCUGCUUUGAAAUCUACGGUGGACGUGAACGAACAAAACAUUGUGAGAAGCUUGUUCUACGGAAAUUCAAAACAAAUUCUCCGCUACAAAGAUCCAAACACCGGGUCAACUGUGGAAAAUGUGGACUUUAAUGGAACUCAGGCGGAAAGAGAAAUCACACUUGUGACAUCGCCGCCGAUACUACAAAUUCAAGUGCAGAGGGUGCAGUUCGACAGAUCUACCUCAAACAUUUAUAAAUCCAAUGCAUACCUUCGGUUCGAAGAAACGAUAUAUCUUGACAGAUACUUGGACGCGAAUCGAGAACAGUUACGCAGUAGAAUUGCCGAAGCACAUUCUUUUAAACAGGAAAUCUACUCUUUGCAAGAAGAGCUCAAGGCAUUGUCAUGUGAUAAGAAAACCUCAUUGCCCAUUACCGAUUUGCUUACAUCCACGGUGAAGUUUGUUCAGUCCAUGAAAUACGAUGAUCCCGAAUUCAUAAUGGAUGAGAAUUCCGAACGUCAAUUGUCGGAAAUAAGGCGCGAAAGUGAACAAAUUUAUUCAAAGAUUGGAGGUUGA